UAGACUGGUAGACUGUUAUGUAGAUGUAAGUACAUAAGGUAUGUGCCAUAAGAAAGAGAUGAUGUACCUACCUAGGUGGCAUUUCGUUCAAGAUCCAACAAGGAUAUCUUGGCCAAAGAAAGCGCACCAACCAGAUCGAUUCUACGCAUUAAUUACCCAUGUACCCGUAGCCCAGCUAGCUUAGCGGAUUCCUUUUUUUAGAGAGAGCCCUAAUAUCAAAGUGGCUCAGUGCAGGCGCCAUUAGGCUAGCGACGCUAGGUACCUACGUAGUGAGCACGCUACGUACCGCACAGCCAUCCACCCCUUGCUAAGUACAUAUGUACCUCCUACCUACCUACUUCGUACCUGUUCUCUGGAUCUGUGGUACCGGCCUGGCAUCUUUUGUCUCUCGCCUAUCUCGCCUAGGUAGGUAUUGCCGGCACCUCGAUUCGAAAACGAAUCCAACAAGAUGCAUCGGGGAAAAUACACAAAAGAAACACACCACUCCCACAAUCGCUCUCCGACUGGACCUGAACCGACCUGACGAUUUUGCCCACAUGCUAAGGUCCGCCAGACACCGAGUCCUUACUCCAGUGGGUAGCGACUCCGAGAGCACUCACUCUAACGGCAGUCAAGCGAGAUUGCUUCCAUCUCACCCAAGUCCUACGCUAUGGUGUCCCGUAGUCUCCAGAGAGGAACCCAGAGAGCUUGAAGGUGGUUUGAUAGGUAUUGUCAGUUCACGCCUCUUCACCCUGCCAAUAUACAUAGUAUGGAUGGGUGAGCGAGCGCAUUUACCACCUACCUAAGUCAGCAUUGAAGUAUAGGUAUAGGGGUUUGACCUGUCUGACCUGGAUCACCGCUUGAGACACGUCUCGACGGAAGACAUACAUACAGUACCUACAGCAUUAAGCCUUGCAUACCCACUUGUGUCUGCUUGUGUUC